GUCCAAGACUGUGGUGCUGAAACUAUUUUUUCUCAGUUUAGUUACGUGACGUCAAGUAAGCGGCGUAUAGCUGUCAACUAAUCAUGCAUAUUUAUAUCACUUUCAUUCAGUUCAUUUAGCACUUUAUAAAGCAUCACAUCUACGAUUGCUUUAGUUGCUGCACUCAGGGGUCAAUAACUCUUUCUGCUCAUGCGUGUCUCGCUUGUUUCCGUCUCAGCGUGUCGCUGUUGGCCAGUAAAUGACACAAAGAGUCGCGCAUUGAAAGGGGCGUUAUCAUAUUUCACAAGCCCGGUGUUACUGAGAAGAACAGCAUCAUUUUCUGGAGCGUGUUUAAAUGAUUACGAUUAAGAGGAUUUUUAAGGCGGUCUCAAUACAAAACAAUCUUGAGGGAUAUUUAAAGGAGGAGCACAUCUGUUUUGAGUUAUUUUGGUUUUCUUCAGGAUAUUGAUGAUGAAGCCAGGGUGGGUGCCGUUUUUCUUUGUACUUUGGGCGACAUGGAAAACGGCUUUGUCUGUGACGCGGUAUUCCAUACCGGAGGAGAUGGAGCGCGGGUCGGUCGUUGCGAAUCUAGCCGCUGAUUUGGGACUGGAUAUUAGCGGACUAGCACAGCGCGAGGUAAAGCUUGACAUUUUCCAUAACAAGAAAUAUCUUGAUAUUAAUAAGAGGACAGGCGAGCUGUUUAUUGUUGAGAAAGUAGACAGAGAACUGUUAUGCCCGACUAAAACAACUACAUGUUUUGUCAAACUGGAUGUCAUGAUUAAAAGUCCUUUACGAAUAUUUAACAUUGAGUUAGAGAUCACAGAUAUUAAUGAUAAUGCCCCGCACUUCAGAAUGGAUAAGGUUGAACUGGAUGUCUCCGAGUCUGCAACACCGGGGGAGAGAUUUUCCUUGCCCAAUGCUUUUGACCCGGAUGUUGGUGCCAACACAGUUAGAACCUACAAACUGAGCGAUAAUGAUCAUUUUACUAUCGAUAUCCAUUCUGGUAGCGACGGAACAAAAUAUGUCGAUUUGGUCCUCAUGAAGGCACUAGACAGGGAAGAGAAGGCCGUUCAUAAUCUAAUACUCACUGCAAUUGAUGGGGGAGUUCCCGUGCGCUCUGGCACAGCUAGUAUUAUUGUGCGCGUUCAAGACACGAAUGACAACGCCCCUCAGUUUGACCAGGCUGUUUAUUCUGUGAAUAUGAGCGAAAAUUCUCCAGCUGGUACUCUUGUUAUUAAAUUAAACGCUACUGAUGCCGAUGAAGGCUCAAACGCAGACCUUACAUAUUCGUUUACGCUUUAUACCUCUGAAAAAACGCAGCAGAUGUUCUCUUUGAACGCAAAUACUGGUGAAAUAGCAGUUAGGGGAACGAUUGAUUAUGAGGAUUUGAAAAUAUUUGAGAUGUUUGUGGAGGCUAAAGACAAUGGGCCGGUUCCCCUCUCGGGUCAAUGCAGAGUGACAGUGUAUGUCAACGAUAUGAAUGAUAACUAUCCCGAGAUAACCAUAAAAUCCCUUAAGAACACCGUGGAAGAAAACAUCCCGGUUGGUACUGUUAUAGCUCUCGUAGGUGUUAGUGACAGGGACACGGGAGAUAAUGGCAACGUGAGUCUUACAAUGAACAAGUUGUUACCGUUUGUUUUGAACAGGUCAUCUGAUUACCUCUUCGAGUUACUGGUCUCAGAGCCGUUAGAUCGCGAAACGGUCCCUGAAUAUGAGAUCACUUUAGUUGUGACUGAUGGAGGGAAUCCUCCGUUAUCUGAUAACGAAACAAUAACGGUGCAUUUGCUUGAUGUCAAUGACAACGCACCACAAUUCCCUCAGACAUUCUACACGAUACCUGUUAUGGAGAAUAACGCACCUGGAGCUUUACUGAGCUCUUUAACCGCUAUAGACCCAGAUCUCCAUGAAAAUCAGUAUCUAGUUUAUUUCAUCAUAGAGAAGGAAAUAGUGAACACCUCCAUGUCCAUGUUGUUCUCCAUGAAUCCAGAGAACGGUAAUCUUUACGCGCUAAAGACGUUUGACUAUGAGAUCGAGAAGGAGUUCCUUUUCCACAUCGAGGCCAGAGACUCUGGUGUCCCUCCGCUCAGCAUAACGUGACCGUUCACAUUAUUAUCAUGGAUCAGAACGACAACACACCGCUUAUAGUGUCUCCAUGGCGCGCGCACGGCUCGGUGGUGGAGGA